AUGCCCCAUGAAAGUAAACUUCCCACAAGGUUUGCUUUGGCUAUUGCAAUAGAAAAAAAGAAACACAAAAUCAUUUGUACUACUUAGAUGUUUUUAGGUCCCAAAGAUUUAGGAGUAGUUGUUGCCCGCCAACAUCCUCUUGGCUAAACUCAUUCUAAUUCUCUCCUACAACAGGUACUGUUUUUUUCAGAUUGGAAAUUGAGCUCAUAUCAGUAUUGGAGGGUGAAUCUUAUACAAGCCAGCACUGAAAAUGGUUUCUGAAUUAAUAAAUGCCAACCCUGUUGUGUAUGAAAAGAAGGAGCGGCGAGAUAGAGGUUCCAGAGCUGUUCUGGAUGAAUAUGCAGCUGAACCUAUCGACCAGCUAGAAAUUUUUGACCAUAUUAGAGAUAUAAAAGAUCCAGAGCAUCCCUAUUCUCUGGAAGAGCUGAAAGUUAUAACAGAAGAUGCGGUUGACGUAGAUGACCAGCGAAGCUAUGUAAGGGUCACAUUCACGCCUACUGUGGAACAUUGCAGCAUGGCGACUGUUAUUGGAUUAUGCUUGCGUGUGAAGCUUAUGCGAAGUUUGCCUUCCCGUUAUAAGGUCGAUAUUAGAGUAGCACCUGGGAGUCAUGCUACAGAAGCUGCAGUAAAUAAGCAGUUGAAUGAUAAAGAACGCGUAGCUGCGGCAUUGGAGAACCCUAACCUCGUUGACAUGGUUGACGAAUGCCUCGCUCCAUCGUAUGCAUGAUGAAGCUUUUGUUUAGGUGUAUGGAGAUCCAACCUGAUUAAAGGCUUUUCCUUGAGCAUGUUAUAUUGCCUGUUGUGACUUGUGAAUGUUUUUUAGACCUCUUUUCGUUUGGGUUUUUCUAAUUCAAUUAUUAAUAUUAGCUUCAUAGAUGCAUUUGAACCAGCUU